CAAACGCUGCGCUGCAUUUCCGCGUGGUCCUGCAAGCCAUGCAUGCACGCCUCUGAGCACAAGCGCUGUACUGCAAUUUCUUCGGCUGCAAUGCAAGCUCUCACAUGCCGCUGGCGACAGCCAAUCGAUACCCAUCGGAGCCUUUUGUGUGGCGUAUCAUACGAUGGCGGGAAGCGUUGUUAAGGAGUGUAGGGUUGGUCACAAGUUACAAGCAUGGCAGGAGCUUCCAUGGGAUACAUUGUUGUUUGUUGAAGCUGCACUUGCUGCACUCGUCCACUCUGGUGGCGCAAUAUCUUUCCCACUCUUCCAACCUACAAAACCAUCUGGACCUUGUCUUGUGCAACCAAUCCAUGCAGUUGCCCACGCGAGUCUCGACGUUCCUACUAUAUUGAUUUUUGGAGCCGUAUGUACGCACGAAAGCCUCUGCGCCAUGAACAGCUGUUGCAGCCGAGCAUACCAAUACUUACAGCUAUGCCGUCACGACAUGCACACGAACGCGUCACGUGCCCUUGCCAUAACGGCCUGCGAAGCGAAGGAGCCCUACUCGAGGCGACGAUUGAAUCACUAUACCAUGCGUACUUCGCCCUUGAAGAGGCUCCGCACAAGAUGGAGAGCUGAGGGAGUUGCUCAAACGCAAUCGCACCCAUAGCAUUAUCACAGAACCCGGGGAACACCGGAGGACCGAUCCUGGUAGCUCAAAGUUCUGCUCGACGCCACCAGUCGCUCCAGCCCUCGCAUAAGCCAGAUGUGGGUAUCACAUUGCUUUUUCUCAAUGCCCUCAUCGCCUCUUGGAUCAGGCCACGGCUUGUCCACUCUGUAUCGUCUCGUCCA